UUGAUAUGCAAACUAGACACAAUCAACUCCGGUUUGAAUAAGGACUGGGAAUGGCUGAGCCAUUACAAACAUUGAAUCUAUCUCCCCUUGUAUCUGACCAGCUUCCCUGGUUUUUGAUGCUGAAGCAGAAUUGUUUUAACUAAAGAUGGAAACACUGGAGUCGGAAUUGACCUGUCCAAUCUGCUUGGAGUUAUUCGAAGACCCUCUGUUGCUGCCGUGUGCUCACAGCCUGUGCUUCAGUUGUGCCCAUCGCAUCCUGGUGUCCAGCUGCUCCUCCAGUGAGUCAAUAGAGCCCAUCACAGCAUUCCAGUGCCCUACCUGCAGGUAUGUCAUCUCCCUUAACCACCGUGGCCUAGAGGGCCUCAAGCGGAAUGUGACCCUGCAGAACAUUAUAGAUCGCUUCCAAAAGGCUUCUCUGAGUGGCCCCAACUCCCCUAGCGAGAGCCGCCGAGAGAGAACGUACCGCAAGAGCCCUGCCAUGUCCAGUGAAAGGAUAGCGUGUCAGUUCUGUGAGCAGGACCCACCGCGGGAUGCGGUGAAGACCUGCAUAACUUGCGAGGUGUCCUACUGUGACCGCUGUCUCCGGGCCACGCACCCCAACAAGAAGCCGUUCACCAGCCACCGCCUGGUGGAGCCCGUGCCGGACACACACUUCCGAGGACUCACUUGUUUGGAGCACGAGAACGAGAAAGUGAACAUGUACUGUGUUGCGGACGACCAGUUGAUCUGUGCCUUAUGCAAACUGGUGGGACGCCACCGGGACCACCAGGUGGCGUCGCUGAGUGAUCGAUUUGAGAAGCUCAAGCAAACCCUGGAGACGAACCUCACCAACCUGGUUAAACGCAAUAGUGAACUAGAAAACCAGAUGGCCAAGCUGAUACAGAUCUGCCAGCAGGUGGAGGUGAACACAGCCAUGCAUGAGGCCAAGCUGAUGGAGGAGUGUGAUGAGCUCAUGGAGAUCAUCCGGCAGCGCAAGCAAGUGAUCGCUGUCAAGAUCAAGGAGACGAAGGUUAUGAAGCUGAGGAAGCUGGCCCAGCAGGUAGCUAACUGUCGGCAGUGCCUAGAGCGCUCCACAGUCCUCAUCAAUCAAGCGGAACAUAUCCUGAAAGAGAAUGACCAUGCACGGUUCCUGCAGACUGCCAGGAACGUGGCCGAGAGGGUCGCCAUGGCAACUGCAUCCUCUCAAGUGCUGAUACCAGAUAUCAAUUUUAACGAUGCCUUUGAAAACUUUGCUUUAGAUUUUUCCAGAGAAAAGAAACUGCUGGAGGGUCUGGAUUAUCUAACAGCACCCAAUCCACCAUCUGUCCGAGAGGAGCUUUGUACAGCUUCCCAUGACACCAUUACAGUCCAUUGGAUCUCGGAGGAUGAGUUCAGUGUCAGCUCCUAUGAGCUCCAGUACACCAUCUUCACCGGCCAGGCCAACUUCAUCAGUCUGUACAACUCUAUGGAUAGCUGGAUGAUUGUCCCCAACAUCAAACAGAACCACUACACCGUGCACGGGCUCCAGAGUGGCACCAGAUACAUCUUCCUUGUCAAGGCCAUAAACCAAGCUGGCAGCCGGAACAGCGAACCUGCCAGGCUCAAGACAAACAGUCAGCCCUUUAAGUUGGAUCCCAAGAUGGCUCACAAGAAGCUGAAGCUCUCCAAUGAUGGGCUGCAGAUGGAAAAAGAUGAGAGCUCCUUGAAAAAGAGCCACACGCCUGAGAGGUUCAGCGGCACUGGGUGCUACGGAGCAGCAGGCAACAUAUUCAUCGACAGUGGGUGCCAUUACUGGGAAGUGAUGGUGGGAUCUUCAACCUGGUACGCCAUUGGCAUCGCCUAUAAAUCAGCCCCAAAGAAUGAGUGGAUUGGCAAGAACUCCUCAUCCUGGGUCUUCUCCCGCUGCAACAGCAACUUUGUGGUGAGACACAACAACAAGGAGAUGCUGGUGGACGUUCACCCACAGAUGAAGCGCCUGGGCAUCCUCCUGGAUUAUGACAACAACACCCUGUCCUUCUACGACCCGGCCAGUUCUCUCCAUCUGCAUACAUUCAACGUUUCCUUCAUCCUGCCGGUGUGUCCAACGUUUACCAUCUGGAACAAAUCUUUGAUGAUCCUGUCAGGCCUGCCUGCUCCAGACUUCAUAGAUUACCCGGAGCAGCAGGAGUGUAACUGCCGACCGCAGGAGUCCCCGUAUGUAUCAGGGAUGAAAGCCUGCCACUAAGCAGCAGCCAACCCCUGUCAUGCUCCACAGUGGAUCACAGGAAAUGUUUGUGGGGGCUUCUGAAAGCUGGGUUGGAAAGCAGGCCCUGCCGCCAGAUACAUAACGCUUGGCGAGUGAGCACCUCCCACAGGAAUCUCAUUUUUAAGGGAAAAACAAAACUUUAAAAGCGAUUGACAUAAACUCUGUGACUGAGCUCUGUGUGUGCGGGAAUAUGGCUUGUGAAACUCCUUUGUAGCGGGAUGGCGUUCCUACAGCUGGACUGUCACAGGGCUUGUUUGGGAGUGAGGGAAGGGGGAUGUGGGCAGUGCUUGUUCCAGGGCCCCCUAGGAGUGUGGGCAAGGGAGGGGAUCCUGGGCAGAGCAGGGUGUGGCCUGGUAGGGGCCAGCUUGAGCACCAACCAGCUCCAUUGACCAUCGCCAUUUAGAUGGGGGGCUGCAAUCAGCCGCAUCUCAGGAAGGAUCCGUCACAUAAGCAGCGUGGCUUUCAAUGUCACCCAGACAGGCGGCCGCAGCCAACCUCAAGAGCCAUUCAACUGUAUGCAGAUUGUGAAAGUGGAACCCGCUCUAAGAGAGCCAUCCAGCUGCUUCGCCUGCGGGGUGUGGCUGGUGUGUUUAGUUGACAGGGGCACACGCUUCCUCCCGCUCGGGGGGACGCUCACAGACCUGAAAUCUGGCUCCCCCCAGUGCUCCCUCUUCUUCCGUUAUAACUGCCUCCUCUGGGAGGCCUUUUGUCAUUAUACAUCAGGGAGGCCCCAGCCAAGCCCAGCUCUGGUUAAUAUCUGAUCUGUGAAAUGGAGCAAGCUGAGGUGUCUGUCCCCUCCAGUGCCCAUCUGGGGCCUGUGGAGAGCACAGGCCCCAUCAUGCAAUGCUACUUCUUGAGGCUGGGCUAGGUCAUGCUCCAUGGUAGAGAUGCGUCUGGCCAAAGGAUGCACUGGUUUAAUGUAGGCCAUCCUUCUGGAAAGAGUGUGUGUUGGGAGUGGGGAAAGGGCCCAGUAUCACCUGGUGGUGCUGCUGCUGCCGCCAGGCAGGAGGAGUGGAAGCUGGCCAGACAGCACCAUCUCCAGAGAAGCAGGAGAGAGCCAGUGGGCCAUGGGGUGUAUAACUACUGUAGUGUACAAGGACUGUAUCCAUUAUUUAUGCCUCUGCACACAGCCCUGAUCAGAAUUCACUUUCUCCUCUGUACGUUGUGUUGGUGUGAGGGUGACUGGGGGCUACAAGGGAGUAAAAUCCAGAAGACCAAAUAUGAGCUCUGAUAGCAAGCAAGGCAGCCUGGCCGGGCAAAGUCCGUCUAGCUCAUUCUCUGUCCCAUGCUGGCUGGUUCUUGGGGUCGUCUCUGGAGUCAAUGCAGAGCCGUUCCUUUCACUCUGAAGUUAACCUAUGGGGCGGAGAUCAGAAUCCAGUCCCCGGACCUUUAUGUUUGGGUAACUUUGCCCCCUCUCAUGCAGAGACUUGCCCAAGGUUUUUGUUCCCCAUGAAUCCCAGCUGGUCUGACCCUCCCUUACGCUGGGACCGAGCAAGGGCAAGUUCUGCUAAUCCUCAGCUCUUCCCUUCCUGAUGCUGGGGGAGCGUGUUGCGUAGAUAGCUGUGAAUGACAACAGGAGCUGGGCAGGGGAGGAUGGGCCUGCAUGUGUCAGAGGAACCGCAGGUCAUGGGGAGACAGUGCCCAAAACACACAGAAAGCUGCCUCGUGGGGCCUUUGAUCUGAAUUGGGAGAGGGAUAGGCAAUGUCUUAACUUUCAUAGGUGCAAAGGGAAUGCCGUCACCAGCAUGUGCGACUUACGAUGUCUCGGUUCCAGCUGCUUCUGCAGCUGUGGGCAGGUCAGAGCCGGUGCUGCUGCAGACCCUCAUUCCAUGCUGUGGACAUGGCUGUCUGAAUAUCAGUCUACUGGCUUUUAAAGUCUGGUUCUUUCACACACAGCUGGUGCUGUUCUGCCAGGGACCCAGCAUCCAACCAGCUUUUAGAACUGGCGCUAACAAAACCUCCGUAUCUUGGGAAGUCUCUCCUUUGGAACGAGGUUUGGCUCUUUUGUCCAGCCAAGCACCAGGCUGGCAGUAUUGGCUAGUGCCGGUCCAGGGGCCAGGUUCAGUGUGUUCUUUGGAAUGUCCCUUCUGUUAGUCUCUCCUUAGUUUUGUUGCAUGGGGCCGUGUGAUCCAGGACAGGAGAAGUUGCCUGACUGCCCUUGUGUGGCUUAAAACUCUGCUUAACUUUUCCUUGUUUCAAACAGGAAGAGACCUCUGGACCUUGCUGAUCAGAAACCUACCUCAUAGCCAAGCCUCCGGGGAGCAAGUGGAUUGAUUGAUCCAGGGGUAGUCUUAGUGUGUGUGCUACUUAGUGUUAGGAUGGAGUGGGCAGAGCAUGGCUCACCUGGCUGGAGGGAGGUUCCUGCCUAGUUUCAGGAGUGGAGGUCAGAGAGAGGGUGGUUUGGCUCAGAUGGAGUGAAGUGUGACGUGUGCACUGGACCGUUGGCUGCUGUAAAGUCCUGCUGCUAGGCUUUGAGGUCGCGGGUUGAAGCCAGGCAGCCUGUGAACCAAACCCAGUAUUGCCCCUUGUGACUCAUCUGGGUUCACUUAAUGCCUCCUUCCCUCCUGCCGGCCCUCAGCUAUCCGAGGUGCCCUGACUCGAACUGAUCUUUUGGUUCUCUCUGGAAGCUUUCUUGCCUGAUACAGGCCCCUCUGAAGCUCAUUAAGCAGCCUCCCCAGCUCAUGGACAGUCUACCGAAUGCCGUUGUUCUUUGGGGUGAGUCAGGAUGAGGUGUGCAUGUGGCCCCUGAAGCUAUGUCAGAUGAGAUCUGUGGCUGGCUGAUCAUAAAAGGUUACCAUGCCAGCUGAUGUGCUGCAGAGCCUUGAAUGAGCUGUGCUGAUGGAUACUUUUCAUUAACACUAAAUUGCCAUCAGGAUCAGCAGAAGAUUGAUACCUUCUUGCAGGCACAGGGUGUAUAAAAAUGAACCUGACUUUUCUCCCCUUUCAGUAUUCAACAUUUAUGAUGACUGGCUGCCUAAUGAAAGGGUGUGUGGGGUGGGGGGUAAUAUGGAAAAAUUAUAUGCCACCUUGUGCUAUGUUGGGAAUCAGAAAGGUCUUUUCGUUCCCUGUCUCUGGUCUAGGCAGCUUUCCACAGAAGGCCCUGUGCUGUUUGCCCAUAAAUUGCAGUGUGAGAUGCAUCAGUUCAGAGCUGAGGGAAGAUUUCUAUUUGCUCCUGCUGGCCCAAGCUGCUGAUGGUGGUGUGUGGGGAUUCACAUCGCCAUUCCUGCCUUGCCCUGCAGCUAAGCCCAGAAUCAUUUUAAGCAGAUAAAUUGCCAUUUUCAGGUUGAUUUUUUCAAAGGCACAUAAUGCCCCCUUUGUACUGACCCAGAGUGUUCCCAACGGGGGGACUGCUUGUGACGGAAGCUGUCUCAAACAGACGCCUGCAUGCUGUAGAUGGAUUUUAACAUUUGAAAAAUAGGGGCCAAGCUUUUCAGCUGGCCCUGUCGCUGUUUAGAUGGGAUCGUUGUUGGAGACUCUGCCACAUCCUUUAACUCGGAGUAUAAGAGCCAUUCAUGUGACAUUGCACCUGAGGAAAUUGCACUAAUUACAUUGGGGUUCUGAAGAACUGUACCAGUGACAGGCAGGAGGGCACUGCGGAGAGCUUGUCUGGGAGAAUGGAAAUGGGAAGGCCAGCUCAAUAAGCUGACUGGCCUGGGGUUCAUCACUUGCAUUCCUCUCUGCUGGUUGUUAAAAGCAAAACCCAACCAUGUCUGUCAGUGUGGACAGUUGCUGUCCUGUGCUAAGUCCAGGAGCAAAGCCUGGCUCCUUCACUGCGGAAGUCAGGCCCCUGCACUAGAGAGCUGUCCUCUGCAGAUGGAAAUGGAUCCUCAAAGCUCCCCUGUUGCAUCAUGGCCUUUGCCUCCCACCCAUUAGCGAGCAAUCCCAUUGGUGUCAUAUGACGCUGCGAUAGUUCCAGCCAAUCUGAGCCUAUCCAGCCUCUGCUGCCCAUGGUUGGAAUUAACAUAGAAAUGCUUUCUUCCUUUUUCUGUCAUCCUGUUGGAAGCAGGUAGCAGGAUCGGAGGGGGCCGGUUCAAGUCAUUGCAGGUAGUUCAUUUGUCAUUUGUAUUUCUGCCUCAUGCAGAGCUCUGCGGCUGCUGGAUGUUUUUAUCAUAGUAAAUCCAUUGUAUCUGAUUUGGGAUGUGGUGAAAAUCUGAUUACAGUGAAACCUGUCAUA